AUGGAUCCUCAAAAUGGAGCACCAAAACAGGUAAGAACGCUCAAGAACAAGGAGUUCUCGGGUCGGAUUUGUUAAUUGCUUUAAUAUCUCGCAUUGUUUGGGUAGUUUUAGGUUCUUUAUUUGUUACUUUUUAAUUUAAGAUAGUUUAAUAUCAUCUAACGCAAUAUCGAUAACAGAUUUUAGAUUUUACAGAGUAAAUUUUACUGGUUAUGUAUUCUUUGGAAUUUAGGUAACAAACUUGAUUAAGUUUGGGGGUUUGAACGAAUAAUAGACGUUAGAUUAAAACAUCUGUUAGAAGAACUUUUAAUGGCAUUUUAUUAUCUUUUGAACUUUAAAUGUGCACGAUUUAGAUCAAAAAUAUUGAUGUUGUUAUGCAUUUCUAUGGUGUUUGGUCAGAAAUGUGUUUGAUAAGUGAAAUAAAUAGUUAUAUAAUGUCGAAUAUGGUCCAUAACUUGUUUUAGUUUAUCAAGAUUGUUCCAUUGUUCUUAGAAGCUUUGUAAAAAUGAUCAAUUCUACCGCAUUAAUCGACCUUUUUCAAUUCUAAAAUCGACCUCUAAAGUAAUAUAAUUUCAGAGCGAUCUGCCUGUGCCUCCACCUCCACGGUCCGACGGCUCUCAAGACUCCGAGACAUCGUCGAAUGACUUCGUCAAGAUUGACGAUUCUGAAUUGCGCAACGUGCCUGAGGAGUUUCUGACCAAUUACGGUAACCAAGUGGCUAGCGACGUGUUGGGCUCGGCUCUGGCCGACAAUUGGGUGAGUUUAUUGGAUUAUAAGUUGUGCUUAUACACAAUGUAUUAUAGAUCUUUGUUUGUAUUUACUUUCGUCUCGCUCGCUCAUUUCGAAAGUAUUCAGGUGUACGCUACCUCAUUUUAGGCGACGUUUUAUUGUCUUGUACACGUUGUCUUAGGUUUGUUUUGAAAUAUCUUGCGUCGAAAUGUUAAGUAAUACUUUGGCUGGUAAUUUGGAAAGGUUUACUAUCUUAAUUUCUAACGAAUUUGUUUGAUACACGUCGUUUUGCCUUAUUUUUGUCAUCUUUUGGUGUUCUGAUCAAGCUUGUUUUAGUUGUGUUUUAUAAUAGUGAUGACUUAAUUGUGAAAAAGGGUAGUAUAACAUUAUUUUAUUCUGCUUUUUAUAUUUUUCACUCAAACUUUGUUAAAACAUCUUAAUAUAAUACGUCUUCUUACCUUGUUUUAGGUGACGUUUUCUUCUUUUAAUACACGUUAGAUUAGUUUUAUUGCGAAAGGCAUUUAGUUAUGUCAAAGAAGGCUUACUUAUACCUAGUUUUUCUGUGAAUUCUGAAAACUUACCUGCCACAACCUACAAGGUAUUCAUUGGCAGCCUUCUGAAGUCAAAUCAGAAAGGCUUUUAAUCAAUUAUGUCGUGUUAAGUGUAACUGAUGUGGUUCAGAAACAGCUGCAUGUGUGUUUUGAGUGUCUUCCACUUGUUUUUUCUUGAAUGGCCCAGGAAUUGGCUGCCCGGCCCUUCUUUCCCUCUUUUUCAUGACUUUCGCUUUCGUUACACUGUAAAAUUUCAACUCGAGUAGCUUAAUCGGGUUGUCAGGGAGACUCUAAAUUAGCAUACACGUAAUUAUCCUUUGUGAAAUUGUUUUGAAAUUGGUGUUUUGGAGCGUGCAGGAUUCGUAAUGAACUUUUACUACUUUGUUAUUGUCUUAUUAUGUUUUACAUUACUGAUCUGGCUUAGAAGUUUGGGGAAUAUAUUACAUAGAAUGUUUCUUGUUUUAGAUUUACAUUGUUCCUUUGUUUAGUUCACUUUCUUUCAGAAGAUGGACGAACGAGACUUGUACGUCCCUGAAGCCGCCGGCGAGGCUGAAACCCACCCCGCCGACCAUCCUUUGGUCGAUUUGGACGAGUUCGAUCCUCUGGCCAAGUCCCACAGCCACGACCUGGAACCAGUCCUAGAGGAAUCUAGCCAGAAGCUCCAAGGAGUCACCAUCACGGAGCUUCCAGAUGAUCCUCCAACCAAAUCCCACGAAGACGUAAAGCAGCCGGCUGGCGAUGCCAAAGAGGAGUUCAAGCUGCCAGAACCGGAACCAGAACCUAAGAAGGCAGACAGUCCAGUGCCAGAGCCAAAACAGAAGUCGGCUAGCCCAGUGCCCGAGCCACACAAAGCAGAAAGUCCGAUUCCAGAGCCAACGCAAAGAUCGGCUAGUCCUGAGCCAGAAAAGAAGGCCGCUAGUCCAGAGCCGUCUCCAAGUGAGCCAAAAGAAGAUGAGAAGAUCGUGGAUCUAGCUCCAUCUUCGCCCGAACCCGUAGACAACGUGAACGAAGAAGUCUCGCUACGUCGAACAUCGCUUCUGACUCAAGAUCAGGAGAAGGACAAGGACGCCGAGAGUAACGGUAAAAGUGACAGGCUUCAAAAAACAGCUUCGAAGUGUCAUUUUUUCGUGCAAAAAAUAUGACAGUCUUAUCUUUCUGUGGUUGCGUAGGAAUAGGAGAAGGAGACUAGUACGAAGACAAAAAAUAUUGUUUUAGCCUACAUUUGAAACUUGAAACGAUUUCUAGAAAGAUUAAAGUAAAAUAAAUUAGUUAUAUUGCUAAUAACUUAACGUAUUUGAAGCUAAAACAAUUUUUUAGUGUCUGGCGUUGCGUCUCAGAUCGAAGAAGCCAUCCAAGAGGCUCAUGACCAGGUUGGCGACCUUCUCGACGACUAUCGUCACCACAACCAACAUCAAAAUGAACACUCUCCUGCUACUGACUCGGGUAAAGACGUGCUGGGAGAGCUCCACAGCGAUCGUGCUCAAGAACAGAACAGUGGCAGUAUGAGAGAGUUGUCGCCAGACCUUGUCACAUACGACCGCCAGGGACCUUUGACAAUCCCUCAGACUAAGGCCGAACCAGAACCAGAGCCCGAACCGGAGCACGAACCGGAGCCGGAACCAGUAGUUGAACAGUAAGUUCUGAUUUAUUUUAUGCAAAUUUUAGUGUUUUGCUUAAAAAUCCGGUAGAAAACUAAAAUAUAUGUUAGUUAUUGAGUAUAAAUUACUUCUGACAGUAGCUUAAGGUUGUCAGAGUUUAUUUAAUUAGGAUGAUAAUAUGUAUUGUUUUAGAAAGCCACGUCCACCAACUCCACCCAAAGAUCUCAGUGGUCCAGAAGAGGAAAACCCUAAAGUCAUCGACCUGGGACCUCCACCACAUUCUCAUGGUCGUAAGUUUUGGUUUUUAUUACCUAAAUUUAGUUGUUAAAAAGGUGUUAAAACAAAAUGGCAACUCCAGACAAAAUAGUUAAUUAAUCUUUUCUCAAAGGACUUUUAUGAAUAUGUAACACUAUUGGCCGUCCGUUCAAUGUUCUCUGAUUGCUUUUGCAUGUUUUUCGAAUUGGUCUCUGUGUCUUUUUGCAUUAAUUUGUUGUUUAUUUACAAACAACAUCUAACGACAUUCACGUGCUUCCAGAGUUCCACAGACAAGCUUCCGAAGGUCUGCCGUCGAUUCUGAAGAAAUCUGGAGACCCAUGGGUGGACUUCAAGUCGGUGGAUCCGCGAGGUCGGUUUAAGUCGUAA